AUGUUAGUGUGGCCAAAGGUUUUUCUGUUUUCCUUUUGUUGGAUAUUAACAGGUGAGAGAAGGGUGAAAGUCCCUAGCACCAAGAUCUCGAAUAUUACCAGCGAAUGCACUCAAUACAUGAGUAGCCCAAUUGUCAAACUGAAUUAUCGUCGUAGAUGGUCGUCGGGGAAGCCAGUCUUCUCCGUGUCAUGA